AUGGAGAUCUCGAGCAAGUUCAACACAUCUCCGUUGCUCGCUGCGUGCAGUGGAUGUUUUGUAGAAAUUGCUCGGAUGUUGGUCGAGGCAGGCACUGAUUCUGCAGAUACUCUGGGAGUCAGCCCGCUUCUAGCUGCUUGCCGCCACGGCUCGCUGGAAUUGGUAUCUCUUCUGCUGGAAGCAGGAGCUACCACAAACAUCGUUGAUAGGGAUGCUACAUCUCCGCUACUGGUAGCAUGCAAGAAUCAUCAGAUCGGCAUCGCCAGACUUUUGAUUACAGCCCGAGCCGAUCCGAACAUCUCAAACAAGAGCGGAGACUUCGCCCUCUUGCUCGCCGCAGAGGCCGGAAACCCCACCGAGAGGCGAGGCCUCGCAGGCCCCCCGCGUCAGAGCCGAUCAGAGCUCCUGAGGCUUUUGUUGGACGCAAGCGCCGACCUCGACAAGACGGAUGGAAAGGGCAUCUCCGCAAGAUCGGCCCUUGCGGUAGCAUGCGAAAAGGGAGACGUCGAGGUCGCGCAUCUGCUGCUGCAGAGGGGUGCCAAGCAGAAGGGGGGCGAGUGGGGCAAGUCCCCGCUGCUGCUAGCAUGCCAGAACGGCCACUGCAAUGUUGUGCAGAUGCUGCUCGAGGCAAGGGCAGCCCCUGACUGCACUCAUGGAGAGGCAUCACCUUUGCUGGCUUCUUGCGAGAAUGGACACUGGGAGGUUGUGGAGCUCUUGCUUCGAGCUGGUGUAGGUGCGCAAGCCUCAGAAAGCAGCGGUAUCUCACCUCUCAUAGCCGCCUGCGAGCGAGGUCGCCUACGUGUCGUGGAGGUUUUGCUGGCAAACGGAGCGCCGAGGGAGUCGGACACUCGCGGCAUCUCCCCCUUACUGGCCGCUUCAGAGAUUGGGCACGUGGAUUUGGUAUCGCUGUUGAUAUCCGAGCGCUCGAAUUUGGAUCACGUGGACAGAGGUGGCAGGUCCCCCUUGCUGGCGGCAUCGCUGAACGGUCACAGCAACGUGGUUCGGCUGCUGCUGGCAUUUGCCGCUGAUCACAGCAAGCAAGACAUCGCCGGGACAUCUCCUUUGCUGGCAGCCUGUGCGACUGGUAGCCUGGAAAGCGUGCAGGCUUUGCUCACAGCCCGCGCCGAUGUGGACCUAGCUAACCACACAGGGGAAUCGCCGCUGCAGCUUGCUUUGCAGAGGGAUUUCACGCAGAUAGCCACUUGCAUCCGGGAGAUGUGUGAGGACAUGUUCUACUUCUGCAAUGUGAGCAGUGGUGGAGCUGCAACCAAGGGCCUCUUCGUCCUCUACCUGUCUGAACGUCCUGGCUUUGACGAGAAGGGUGUGAUCCACGCGGCCGGUGACUUUGGCUACUUCGGAUUGCCUCGACCUUUUCAAGGGUGCGUUUUCUCUUCCUUCCUCUUCUUCUUCUUCCUCUUCCACAAGCUCGACUCCUUUGUCUUCCACGUGCCCGCAAUGGAGGGUGAUUUGGAAGGUGCCAUGCAAGUCGAACAGGUUGUGAAUGUUGGCUCUCCCACCGAGAUUGCAGAGGAGUCCUCCGAAGAUGCGGAAGCGGAUAUGGAACCCAAGUUGGAGAAGCGCAAACGGGAGAUCGACAUGAAGAAGAAAAGGCAUGCCGCCCGUGACCGAGGUGGUGGAGAAGAAGCUGGCGGUAGCGACGAUGAGGAGCAAGAGAGCCCCUCCAAGAGGGCAUCCCAUGGAGCCGAUCUACCCCUCUCAGCCCGUGAACUCCGAGCACUUCUACUUGAUCAUCGUCGAGACAUGACCAACGCUUGGAAGACGUUCGAGGGCCGCCUCGGUCGCCUUGAGAAGAUCGAUAAAGACCGUCGCGGUGAGAUUGCCUCUGUGGCUGGCAGGACCAAGGUCGUCGAGAAGGACAUGGUAGCAGUUCGUAAGGCGGCCGAGCUCAGUAAAAGUUCUGUUGAGGCAUGUGAUAAGAGGGUUGACAAGCUCGCAGAGGAAGUUCAGAAUUUGAAGGUUCAGCUUGAGGAGAACAAGUCGGAAGCUGCUGGAGAUGUCAAGGACCCUUGGGCUGAUUACUUACGUCAGCAACAGCAGGGUUUCGCUCCAUGGCCUGCCCCAUCUUUGCGGGGUCGCGCUGCACCCAAAGGAAUGUCGAGACCACAGGCUGAGGGUGAAAUGCAAAAGUCACUUCCUGAUGGUGAUUUCCUCUCUGAAGAAGAUCGACGAACUCUCAUCGUGGGCGGUUGGUGUCAAGACACACGAAGGCAGGUGAUCGAGGAGGAGUCACGUGCACUUCUUGACCAUCCGGAAGUACGCCCACUCAUUGACGUGGAGAAGAUCGCCGUCGAUGGGCCCCGUCGCAGUGUUGGGACGAUCAAAUUUGUUCUUCGUGAGGGUGAACGUUCUUUGGAUGAUGUUAAGGGACGCAUGUGGCAGGUCAUUCGCAUCGCUGCCAGGUUGAAGCUGACCGUCGAGAGCGCCCGCUCUAAUGGUGAGGACCGUGCCAUUUGGGCCUCGGUUGUCAAAACCCGUACAGCUCGCACGCGCUCUUCCCACAUCAGCAUGGUGCGUCGUGUCACGAUCGACCUCGUGGGUGAAAACAAAGAUGAUGGGGGGGGAGUUCUCAACGAUGCACACCUUCAGCAUGGGGCGUAUGACAUGGAUUGGAAUGCUGGCACCAUUUGGUGCGGCAUUCACAAGCUUGCGUCCUCCACUCACCGGAAGCCCAAGGAUGCGGAGACGAUCUUGAUGACCGGCGGCUGGGUGAAUUUGGAUGCCAUCGGCCUCAUCGCGGGAUGCUCGGCAGAGGACGAAGGGGAGAAUUUGGAUCUUUCCUCUGCUGCUCCGCUCCGUGGUCAGUCUAAGACUACGCAUGGGGUGCGUCAAGGUGUGUGUGCAAAACACAAGUGGGGGAGAUUUUCCUCAUGGAACCUUGGUGGACAAGAUGUCCACAAGAUCGAUUUGGCAGGGAGGGAUCUUGAUGUCGUUUGUGUGCAAGAAGUUUCACGUGGAGAUGCUCACUGGAUGACUGAUAACAGCGAUUUGUUUCACUGGGUACUACAUCGUGCUCCUAACCAGUGGCGGGCCGUUGGAGUGGGAAUUGCAUCUGACAAGCUCGACUGCAUUGUGGGAAAGCAUGCGACCAAUCGUGGAGUAUGGGUACUUGCUCGCCUUCGGGGACUUGGACGUGUUGUCAUUGGGAGCAUGCACUGUCACACGGGUGCCACCAAUGCCAUAUACCAAGCCGCCGUCCUACAGUUCGUCAAUGACUGCCCGAACAAGUGGAGACAGUAUCCAGUCUGGUGCGGGCUUGAUACCAACGAACAGCUGGUGUGGGCACGUGACGACGAGGACCGGGUGAAUCUGGUGAAUGGCAGCUCCAACCUCAACCUCCUUGCAAAUUCUUUGCUUGAACGUGACAUUCAUCCACUUGCCCCAAGGCCAGAACAGUGGAACCAGCCCACUCACUUCCCACGCGACCGUCGCCGCACAGGGAGACAGAUUGAUGCAGUUUGGGUGAGGCGCCUCACUACCAGUUCGGCUUACAUUGACCCCGCGAGGAGACAUGUCAUUGGCACCGACCAUGCACUCCUGUACUGUGAUGUCCAGGGGAACAAUGCCUCGUCCGUUCGAUGGGGCAAUGAUUCGCGGGCACGCUAUGUGGUAACGGAUCUGCCGGCAGACAUCAUCGUCGAUGCGAAUGACCUCCGUGACCUUGCCAGGAAAUGUACUAGGCCGCGACUGAGCACUGCUUAUCGAGAUCCUGAAGAAGUGGUUAAGGCGGCUGCACAGGCCCGGAACACUAAUGACCCCAAGGAUUGGAAGGCAGUCCAUCGAUGUCGUCGUCAAGCUCGGAGAACAUGGCGAGCGCAGAGGCUCUCGUCCAUUCUCAAUGGCAACUGGCAUGAAUACCGAUCCCUGCAAAGGGAGAAAAAGCGCCGGACUGGAUGGUGGGGUGGUCUUCUGCACGACACUUCCUCGAAAGAUCUCACCGCCAAGGUCCAGAAUCAUCUCAAGAACAAACUGGAGAACGAGUUCUCAAGUGAUUGGGAUGACACUCUCCAGCAGCAAGUUGAUGCGAUUUGCCUCCGGGAUGACUUUGUGGAUUUUACUCUCCUUGACCUUCGUGAAGUUUUGCAGGAGAUGAAAAUUCAUAGUGCAGUUGGGCCCGAUGGUAUCAGUGUGCACUUUCUGCGAGCUGCUGCAAGUGACGACGUCGUGGCACCACAGCUGCUCGCACUUGUGAACCAUAUUGUCGCAAACUGCGAGCUACCCGAGAUCUGGAGAGACAACUUCUUGGCUCUGCUUGCAAAGGUUGACUUCCCCCAAAAGCCGGGUGAUCUGCGUCCCAUCUGUGUCAGCUCAGCUUUUCACAAGAUGAUCAACAAGCUCAUCUGUCGUAGAGUCAUGCCGCGCAUGCGUAACGGCUCGCUGAUCUCUGGCUGCGGAAAAGGCAGACAGGCCGCGGAUGUCAUCGGGACCAUCAGUCGUGUGAGGGACAUCACACUUGAAUGGCAUCUCCCUACACUGGUCUGCAAGCUCGACAUUUCAGGCGCCUUUGACAAGAUCGACCGUGUCAAAAUCAUGGAAUUCCUGAUGAACAAGCUCAAGGAGAAGGAUCUUGAACAUGAACUUAAGUUUAUGCUCUGCCAAUUGCGCACUUAUCGCCUUGUUGGUCAGGUCCCUGGGGGUGAUGUGAUUGAAGUCGAUGCAAAUGUCGGCAUUAAACAAGGUGCCCCUGAAUCGGCCGAAAUCUUUGGUCUUGUCAUGGAUGAUAUCUUGAGCAGACUGGCGAAACAAAAGGCAUGGGGUGACCUUGGCAAGGCCUUCGCUGACACGGAUAUCGAGCUUGUCUUUUAUCAGGACGAUAUUUUCGUUGUCGAAUCUCAGCUCCCACGUCUGGCGCGGAAGAUCAAGAUUCUUGAGCGCUGCCUCGAGCGGGAUGGCUUGCACCUUGCCACUGAGAAGACCAAGAUCAUUGCAUCCGCCUACUACCAAGGACCAAGAAAGGUUCAGGUAGGUGACUCCGUGUUUCAGAUUGCUGCUGCAGGGGAGUCAGUUAAAGUGCUGGGCCUCUCCUUCUCGCUCCGUUCAAAGGCCUCGCAACAGUCCCGAGAAUUGUUGGGCAGGACUCGUGAUGCGGCAAUGGCACACAAAGACAUACUACGCAGCCAUGCAAGUUGGGCAAAAAAGGCUGACAUGAUGCGAACCCUGGUUGAAAGCCAAUUCUCGUGGACAGCAGGUGCCGUCCACUGGUCUGCAGAAGAUCUUCGGCAGGCAAACAUGCUGCAGCUCCACAUCUUGCGCACCUCCUUUCGUAUCAGUCGCCAGCGGGACGAACGAUGGCAUGAGUGGAAUGCUCGCAGUAUGCGUCAUUGUCGUGCCUGGCUUGCUUGUACUGGCCGUGAUAGGUGGUCGACUGUCAUCCUUAGGCUCCAGCACACACUCGCCGGGCAUUGGGCGCGCCGUGAAGAACACGUUGAUGGCGCACCUCAUUCAGUUCCGGCACUGCCAAUGAGAGCUCUUCAGUGGAGAAGCACAGCUUGGUGGCGCCAUCAGCAGCAGCUCAGCCCUCGUGUAGGACAACGUCAUCCUCGCUGGGUGUUCAUUUCCAACCUUGAGCGCCAGCUCGCUGAUGCUCACGGGGUGAAUUGGCCUGAGCUGGCGGCAGAUCGCAAUCGGUGGACUCAGCUCCGCCCUGCCUUCCUACAUGCAUGGGAUGUCAAGUGGAGCCAGGGACCUUGGGAAGAUGACGGAGCACCUCAAGAGCAGCCCAAUCACUGGGAUGAGUGGGAGACCCAUUGGGAAGCCUCCUCUUCCUCGUCUUGGCCCACCUGGAGCACAACACCCUGGCUACUCUUCGCCCUGCUCUUCGACGACUCCUGGGACAACCCCUUCGUUGGCAUCGACGACACCCUCGACAAGCUCUUCGCCCUGCUCUUCGACGACUCCUGGGACAACCCCUUCGUUGGCAUCUUGCUCCUCGACUACACCCUGGACGACUUCUUCGGCAUCUUCCUCCUCUUGGAAUUCGCCUGGUUCAGCCAACUUCCUCUGCAACAACUUGGCUCCGCUACGUGGCCUCCUCCCUCGGCGUCGUCGUCCUCUGCCUGUCCACCUCCGGAAAGUCUACGACCUUGGACACGGGAAGAGAUAAUGCUGAGGAUGGCGGAAGCAUGGGAUGAAGAAAUCUGCUGGGGUCUACAGGAACAUGUGGUGGAUGAUAUCCUCGGGUGCACACUGCAGGAGGCAACCAACGUGAACAACACGGCGAAUCUCCAGCCCAUCCCGGAGGACAUGCCUUUACCCUUUGACAUCCGCCCUCCUUUGCCUGAACCGCCUCAACAACCUGAUGAAGUUCAUAGUUGGUGGGAUUGUGUACGUGACCGUCGUAACCUGCGUGGACAAGAAGGAUUCCGACUUCGAGCUCAGGUGAACACCACGCCAGACGAUGAAGCCGCUGCUCCUGAACAGGCGACCCCUGCACAGUGGUCUUCUUCCCCCUCUACCUCGGCGACUGAUGACCAACCCCGAGGAAUCACACAACGCUGGGGAGUACAACGUCCCGGAAUCGAUCGCUGGCAUCACCCUAAUGGGUCGGUUCGUUCUCGUCGACGCGAAAGGCUCGCAUCUGAACAGGCCAAUCCUGAUGCGGUGAACCCACCAGCUCCUUUCCAAAUCGAAGGGGUUGAAAUGCACCAGACUGGCCCAGCAGUCAAGGCGAGAACCUUCUAUGGAGAAACAUUCCAGGUUUGGGGAACAGCCGCCUCGUCCAGUGACGACGUUAGCACUACUGUACCAGAUGAUGAGAGCAGUGCCACUGUCGAUCACUAUCAUGGUGAUUCCGAGGGGGGAACUUCUUCAUCUACGGGAUCCGCGAGCUCGUCCGAUGUCGGUUUCUACAAACAUGGGAUCUGGCAUUCUCGUCCUCGUACGCCAGCUGAACUACGUGCACACCAAGGCGGACGAGGUGCUACGCGAACUCAGCGUAAGUCGGCUAGAAUGGCUGAGUACUGGGCUGGGUCUUGGAGACCUGCAUGGCUCAAGCAAUAUGCUCGCGAAAGGGAUGCGCGACAGGCUGCAGCACGAACCGAAGACCCUGCGGUGGUUGAAUCUCUCAACCAAGGGACUUCGUGCAACAGCGAGCCGGCUACGCCUGCUUUGUCGCUAGAGAGUCGCUGGGCUCUUGCGAGACUUGUGCAACGUGCCAGUGAAGGAGCCGAUGCACAGCAGGCGGUGUUGCAGGUACUUCGCCGUCGUCUUGUUCCUCGUGGACUCCUACCUGUAACAAGAGCCCCACGUACGGAGCAAGUGCGAUGGAAUAUGUUCUCCUGGAUACGGCAGUUUAUCCCACUCUUCCUGGAUAACAUGGAGCGCCACCUGAGAACACCUCUCCAGCCACGUGAAAGUGAAGCAAGCUCCUCUAGCACCGAUCUGGAUGGACCUCGAAGUCGGAGUCGUUCACCCCGUGGGUCGAGCGAGCAUCCUGUGGUUUCAGAAGAACUUCGAGAUGAACUGGAAGAGUCGUUUGGUGAGGCUUCGUCGGGACCUGCUUCUCCGUUUCCCCUUCACUUGGCACCCACAGAGUUGCAAGGGAUAUGGCGUGAAUCUGAUGAGACUACAAUGCCAAACCUGACUGCGAUGGGAUCUGGAGGGUGUAGCAACAGUUCUGUGAGCACUACUACCACGACUAACUCCCCCUCGUUGUGUGGGGCUGACUUGAGUGAUGGGCAUGGAGAUGAACCCAUCGUCGACCUGCUGCUCUGCUCCUUCCCGAUUGGUGAUGAGGAUGUACCCAUGCUGGACGAGUACGACCACCUCAACGACUUCGCUGACUACUGCGGAAGCGGAGAAGCGGAUGUACAAGAUCUUACCAGGAGGUUGCUAGUGCAUCAACGUCGACUACUACAUUUGUUGCGCUUGACUCAAGUUGCAUUGGAUGAAACGUGGAGAUGGACCCCAAUUUCGCCAAAUGCUUUGCCCCUCAACGUGAAUAUUCAUGAAAGGCAUAUCUGGGGUGCCAUCGUCCGUGAAGCUGCCCAAGGAUCUGGCUCAGCAUCUUCGGGAAGUUCCACGUGGGUGAAUUCCCCUGCCGUACUGCUUCAGCCAGGAUUACCAACGUCCUUGCAACAAACUGAGCAAGCACUUGAAGGCCUUCCUGAAAGCACGUGGGCUUCGUAUCGUCGACGUGCCUGGCGACGCCACAUGGAAGCCUUGUUUGAGGAGGGCGGGAGAGAAAUUCCGCGUGGUUCAUGGCCAGACCCUGGGGAUCAGGAGCUUUUCCUGGUGCAAACCAAUACUCAAGCAAGCAUUGAGAACUGGCCUCCCAUGGUACCGCUUCCUUUGACAGCACGUGAUCAUGCUCGUGAAGGAGUUAGUCGACGAGGCCAUGCACUACGACCCGAACCACAAGUGGUCUCAGUCCAUCAGGACUUACUGAUGGAGAAUGCGCGGCCCGCUGCCAUGUACGCCGCCGUGCUCGUGAGCUACCUCGCCACUCACGACGUCGUCGAGUGCGUCAGCGCCUUCUUCGCUCACGAGCUCCUCAUGCCGCUGAUCGUGAACGUGCCGCACAAAAUGAAGGUGAUGAAGCUGGUCCUUGUCUCUCGGGAAGUUCGCAAUCGGGUGGACACGCAAGCAGAUAGGACAGGCCGACAGAUUGACUUUCUUGCCUCCGCUCGGUGCGCCUGCAGUCGUGUUUCAAUACUCUCGGGAUCACAUGAUGUGUUGGGUACGGACCACGAUGUACUAGUGAUGCUGGUUUCGGUGACGGGGGGGAGAGUUCCCCGAAAGACAGACACCAGACCCAGAGUGUUGGUUCGGGACCUGCCACCAAUCGACAAUCUCAGCCAGGAGGGGGUGGUCGCUUUGGCUCGGGACUAUACCGCUCCGAAAACAGGCAAGAGCUAUGUCGACCCUGAAGCUGUUAAAGCUCUUUUUCGUAUUGCUCGUCACGGGAAGAACCGAGAGGAGUGGAAAGCAGCUUUCCAGGCCCGGAGAAAGGCUCGUGGGGUGUGGCAACAGGAACAGUUGCGGAACGCGGUCGCCGGUGACUGGGGUGCCUUUCGGCGGGUCCGCCAAAAGCCGAAGGGCGAGUGGGAGCAUGGGUAUGCAGAUGCCAACUCUGAGCCUCACCUGAGCAUCCACAAUCACCUGCAGAGCAUCUAUCGGUCGGACGAGAGGGUUGAGGUAUGUGAACCAAAACUUCCCUUCCGCCCCAUCGAACUUGAAGAGCUGAAGGAGGCGGUUAGACUUGGAAAGCGGGGGGUCAGUGUGAGUCAGGACGGUACCUCUCAGGAGCUCAUUCAGGGGAUUAUGGCAGCUGACGGGGGGGCGGAGGCCCUCCGGAGAUGGUUCUCGGACAUUCUCCUGUCAGGGGACCUGCCCGAAGAUUGGUACAAAUCCCUUAUGAUCGUGCUACCCAAGACGUCUCAUCCGGUGCUCCCUAAAGAACUUCGGCCGAUAUCAAUGUCCUCUGCUUUGAGUAAAACCUUCUGCCGGAUCAUCCUUCAGCGAAGCAAAAUGGCGGUGAAACCCCAUGGAUCGUGUCAAUGUUCGGGGCCGCAGAAGCAGACCACAGACUACGUGUACUGUGCACAUCACCUUAUGGCUCUGGAGAGGGAGUGGAAGGGAGGCCUGGCCUUCCUUAAGGUCGACCUCGAAAAGGCUUUUGACCUGGUAAGCCGUCCUGCACUUUCGUCAUUUCUCGAGGAGCGCCUUGGGGCAGGGUACGAACUUCGCAUUUGGCAGCAGCUUCUCGCGCAAAGCACGGCGAGUCUGGAAACCCCCUGGGGGGCGUCAGAACUUAGUGUUCAGCGUGGAAUUCGCCAGGGCUCCGUCGAAUCUCCUCUCUUCUUCUCGUGUCUUGCUGAGAUGACGGUGGAAAAAACGGCGGAGACUUGUGGUUGGGCGAGGGAGGACCCUGCUCUGCCUGGCCUCAUGCUUAGUGAAGCCUUGUUCGUUGAUGACUCCAUAUUGUGGAAUUCUUCGUUGAAGGUUUUGAGUCGCAGGACCGAGCAAUGGGCGAAAACACUUUUGGAGUGUGGCUUGCGGAUCAACAUCGAGAAGUGUGCUUUGUAUGUGAGCCCAUAUCAUGACGGGGACAGGAGCAUCACGGUACAGGGGGUCACUCUGCACUCGGGGGAUCACUUGAACGUCAUGGGGCUCCAGUUGAGCGUCACGGGCACAACAUGUCAGCUCUUGGCGGGGUUACUGGCAAAGGCGAGGGAUACCUUUUGGGGCAUGAAAUCCCUUCUGCUGUCGGACUCUCCGAUACACUCGCGGGUACGCCUCAUGCACAAGGUUGUGGGCGGGUGUGGGCUCUGGUGUAUUUCGGCCUUUUACCCCGAGACCUCUGCCCAGCAUCUCGUGAACACUUUCCAGAUGCAGUUGCUGAUCAGCAUGUUGCGGUUGAAACGACGACCUGACGAAGGGUGGUUGUCAUUUCGCAAGCGGUCCUACCGCACCGCCAGAUCGGUUUUGUGGCAGGGCAAGCACCCCAGGUGGAGCAGUGUGUGGUGUGAGAGACAUUGGUUGUAUCUGGGGCACCUCGCUCGCUCCCUAUCACAUCACCCACCUCCGGCGGCGGGUCUGGUUUGUGCUUAUCGCAACAGGGAGUGGUGGUUGGCAGAGCAAGCGAAGAGCGACAGAGAGGGUACUCGGCACACUGGCAAAUUCUUUCCUCGGCUCAUGCUUGCGGAGAGUCAUCUUGACUCUGUUUCAGGUGGACCCUGGAGAGUUUGUGCACAAGAUCGGGCACGGUGGACAGGCCUGGCACGAGACUGGGUUCGGUUUGCAGAUGUGCCCUGGAGGGUAACACGACAAACACCCGUGCUCUUCCUCUCGCUGACUACUCGCUGCAUGGCGGCGACUUUCUUCAUGACCUUCGGCCACCCGCGCCGACUUGGCCUGAGCUCCGUGAUGGCGCUCCUGGCCCUUUGGAAUGCUUUGGCCCACCCUCCUCAAGGACGUGGGCCUGCUCCACUUGAUCCACAUGACAAUGUACAGACGGCAACUUCCUUUAACGAGACCACUUUGGUUUCUCCGGAACAGGCUCCCCCGGCCCACAUGCAGAACUAUGAGACGGAAGACCUGGCGACAGGCCACACGGGUGAGGGGGAGACCACCAAUGAAGCACAGGAACAGGAGCCCGCAAGUGGCUCCAAUCAGCAGCCAGCUGCGUCUUCUUUGUCCUCGUCCGCCGGAGCCGCCUCCUCGGAUCAGGCUCCCUUGGUGUGUGCCUGCCCGUCCAUGGUGGACUCCUCGGACGGCUACCACUACCAGAUACCCGCAGUGCCGAUGAAGGCUCGCAUGCAGCGUGCGAAACGUAAACGGCUCCUCCUUCGCAGCUUGAUUGCGGAUGAGACGGAGCGCUUUGUCAGGGAGGUUGACGACAAGCUCAUUCGCAUCUCCGAGGAGCACGAUGGAGACUGGGUCAUCGCGGUGUGCAUGGAGCUUCGCCGGGAGAUUGGCCUCUUCCUCCAGUACGACCCUCACCCUCGGGACGGACUUCGCGACGCUAUGGUCGCUCCUAUCCUCCAGACACUGGAUGAACGUACUGUGGAAAACCCCCACAUCAUGGCAAAGCGGUAUCGGCCGUGGCUGGAUGGCAUGUAUGCAAGGCUCUUUCGGGCAGUCGAGCGGGUCAAGUUCCAGGCGGCAGAAGAGCUGGAUCUGGGAGAGUUGGCGGAUGGGUCGUGCUUAAUGGACAUGGGCAAUCCACGUCCGCCAUGGAGGGCACGAUCCCGCCUCAUAGGGCCGAGCGGCCCCAACAGUGCCCGGGAGACUCACACUUACGUCACCUUGCAGGCUGAUGGUACAACAAGUGCGAGCCCACACCCGCCUGUUCACGGAGAACCUGCGAACAUUGCGCAGGCGGUGGGCAUGGUGUGUGACGUGCUUGGACUUCGGCACCCUGACGAAGAGCAAGAGAGUACUCCGGGGUUCCUCCCUGCUCGAACACAGAGACACCUCAUCAACAUCUUGACCCCGAUGAGCGAUGCUGGACGGCGCCUCAUGCAUGAUGCUCUGGCCCCCUGCUUGAGUAGGCUGGGAGAUGAGCUGGAAGAACUGAUGAUCUCCCUCCCUCGAGCCGAUCGCGGUACGGCCUCUGGGUCGACACCUGCUGCUAGCUCCUCGUCGGGGCCGCGGCGGCCCAAGGCGAAAGCUCGUCCUACCACUGCACGUUCCCGCUCUCCUGUGACUGCGGUUGCAGAUCCGGCAGCGAGCUCUGAUGUACCUGAUGAGGGGCCACCGGUCGACCUAGCCUCGGACUACGUGGACGUGUUGGUUGAGGAUGACGACUCGGACGACGAGCUGCUGCUGCAGCUAGGCUUGGAUGUUCACUACCCGGGGGAUGAAGAAGCAGACACCUCGGGGUUCAUGCAAGAGGCUGCACGCGGGACAAGGCCCGCACUGGCGCCGGGAGGCUCUGAUGAUUCCUCCAGUGCCCCUCAGGGCACCGAUGGAGAGGGGUUGGCAGAUGCAGGGGCAGGUGCAGGUGACGAUUCGGGAGAAUGUGCACCGCCCCGUCGACGUGCUGGACAAGGUGCGGGUGAUGGUUCGGGAAUACCUGUCCGAGAAGGAGAGAGCUCGCGAGCACUACCCGGCCAGCACGAGUCGGGAGAACAUCGAGAUGGAACCUCUUCGCCCCGGAGGGACCGAUCCAGGUCCCCGCUCGCUCAUGGUCUUGAAGUCUUCCUGGGAGCUCGUUGGUGGCCCUCGAUCCUCGACAACUUCUUGGCUCUGCACACCAAUGGUGGCGGCGGACCACGAAUGCUGGGUUACCUCCAGCAUCUGAUCGAGGGCAGAGGUGUACGCUCUUAUGCUGGGUAUUGUGCACCGGUACUUGCCCACCUCGAGGACACUGCCCCGGAUCCCCUGAACACGGGCCUCGUGACCCAGGAUGUGGAGUUUGCGGUUCUGUUGGAGAACUACAUGUGGGAGGAUUGGGUUGAUGAGAGGCGGCCCCUACCUGGUACCCAACCGGUGAACGUGGGCAUCUUCGCGGCUGUGGACGGGGUUCGAGCAGGGGAGGACACGUAUAGGGUGCUACAGUGGACAGACGUGGCACAGCUCAGUGCCCUUCCUGGGGACGACAAUGCCUCCCCCAUGCUUGAGAAUGCCGAGAGCGGCAGCGAGGUCAGCUGGUCUUCUUCCUUGGUUCAGUCUGCCCUUGUCCUACGCCCACAUGGUGGACUGGUGCAAGUGGUCCAAAGCCUGGACGUAAGACUAACCGACUUCCCUCCUUCCACACGGGUACGGCGAGCUCUUGUGAUGCUCGAUCGCCUGAGGGCGUACUACUGCGCAUCUGGAGGGCGACGGCGUCUACCUGAACAGGCGGAGAGCUUGGAGGCCAUGCUCACGACCCAUGCCGUUGCUGACAGUGGCGAGUGCUCUGCCGGGGACCCUGACAAUGAAGACUCGUUGUGGGUCAACUCCUGGUGGGAUCAGCUUCGGUCCCUCCUUCCUCCGCCGGAUGACGAGAUUCCGCCAACACUGCUACGGGAGACUGUGUCAACUGGCAGUCCGGCGGGAGGGGACCAUGAUACAGACAGCCGAGGGACUACCAUUGAAUGGCAUGAACGCCAGGAGCUUCUACAAGAAAUGGAUGACGCCCGCCGUUAUGAGGAGUACGUUCUCGAGAAGGAGCGGCGCGAGCAAAUGGAGGCGGAUGAGAGGGACUUGCAAGAGGCAGCCCGGCUUCGUGCUGUUGAGCGUGGGGGUGCUGGAAGUGCCCGUCCCGACGGUCGAGCCUAUCAGGUAUGGGAAGACUGGGCGGUCUACGAUGAGAUGUACGGGGCCUCCAGGUCGGCGAGCAAACGGGCUCGAGUAGAAGUCGAAUCUUUUCUGGGAACUGAUGCCAAUGGCCCGAGUUCCAGUACCAGCCUCUGGGUUCCACCGGCGAGACUGUUGCGGAUCACCAUCGCCCUGCCUCAAGUCAACGUGGAGUCGCCAACGCCUCUGGAGCCUACGCAGGAGGGCAUCCCGGGGGGUAUCGGUGACAUGGUCCUGGAUGUCGAGCCGACAACGACGACGGGGGCGAAUGGAGACCAUGUGGCUUCGGGGCAAUGGCCGGCCGGAUCUCUCAGGGAUGGGGCUGAGCUGGGGAACCCGAAUGUCGACUCUGGCGCGUAG